AUGGGAAACGAGCAGAGUCAGGAAUCUGCUGCUCGGCCGGAGCCAGAGACAGAGGAACAUUUUGACCUCUCCGAGAUCCCCGACGACCGAGAAGUCGGUCCAACGUCCGAACUCGAAUCCGAGAUGGCCAAAAAUAGUCAGAUCGCAGCCUCUUCCUCCUCACCUCAGCAACAUCACAAGAAGCGCAAACGCAAGGGUAAGAGGAAUCGUCGCAAGUCUUCGGGUGGGACGAGCAGUUUGGUGCCGAGCGCUGGACUUUCCGAACACGUGAACGGAGAUGGAGAGCGGGCUGUGGAAGAUGACGGUGUUCCGGCGGAGAAAGAGACCGAACUACUGGUCAAGCGACCCCAAGGAGAGGAGCCAUCUCAGAGUAGCAAGAAAAAGAAGCCAGAGGUCGACAAUCGAUCGCUAAGGGAGAGAGAACCUGAGACUUAUCACAUAUAUGCCUCGUCCGAUGAAAGUGAUGCUGAGGAGGGCACUACAGUGGCCGCGGCACAGGCUGAACUCGCCAGUGUUGCGAAAUCGGAUGGCGGAGCGCCCGACGAACACGAUUCUGCCAGAGGUCCUUCACACGUCGAGGCCAACGCGUCUGCCAUCGCCGACCAGUCGCAUAAAGAACCUGAAGGAGACAGGUCUGAUACUGCGGAGGAACGAGUACCCGCUUCGCAACCUGAUCAGACCCUUGAAGAACCGGAAGGAGACAAGCCAGAUACUGUAGAGGAAGCGGUACCCGCUACGCAACCUAAUGGUGUUACUUCCGUCUCCAAAGUCCCGGAAGACGGUCGCUUCCGCUGUCCCCUCGCUGAAGAGUAUGGAUGCGAGAUGACUUUUGCGAGGCAAAAAGCGGCAACACGCCACAGCGGGAUUCAUACCUCGAGCUUUGCAUGCUCUGUCUGUAACAAGCAGUUGAGCCGUCGUGAUACACUCAAUAAGCACAUGGGAAAGCAUACCGCCCUCGAAAUUGCCUCUGCUGAAGCUGGCGAGAAGGCAGGAAAAGGCCAAGAAACAGAAGUGAAUGGUGGUACUAAGGACAGAAACGUCAAGCAACCAACACCACUUUCUACACAGUCUGACGUAGUGGAGGAGGGAAGUUCGGCCGAGUUCGAGACACCACCGCAAGAAACAUCUCAAGCCCAGCAGGCGGAUGAGCCUUCUGAACGUCAAUCAUCGUCGCCUUCAAGCGUCUUUGACCAGGUGGGCGAGGAAAUUGUGAAAGAAACCCCCAUGCCGAAGGGAGGUCUGAAGCGCAAGCGUGGCACCCAGAACUCCUUGGAUACUCCCACGUCAAAUGGUGCAAAUCCUAGCAAGAGACGAAAAGGGCUGUCUCAUUCACCGCCAACAUCUGUUCAAUCGAAAGACUUGGAUAUGACGGACUUGGCGGAUUCCGAAGGCGCCGACGGACUACGACGCCGGCAAGAUACGGAGAAGAUUGUACCGACGCUCCAGAAGACCCGACAGGGUAGUAUUGACGGCUGGGCGCAGAAGUACACUGCCGGCUCGAAGCUCAGACAUCCUGUUUUCAACCCGCAGUCGCCGCCUUCAACAGCUGUACAACAAGUCGAAGUCAUCAUUCCAAGAAUGAGUCAAGGUGGACCAUCCAGCACCAAUCCGACCAGAGACAUGCUCUCCAGUCCUAAUGACGAACUCAAUACGGAUCAGUUGGAAUCGCUCGGUUUGAAAAAGGUUGGAGCCAAAUCUGGCCUCAAGUCCAGAACUGAAAGGGCAGCAAAGACGGCAUCAAAGGGCAAAAAGCGGGCAGAAUCCGGCGUGGACCAUUCUACUCCUGUACAGGGCCGUCCCAGCUUAGCUGCUAGCGCGGACGGUUUAUCUGAUGACCAUGAAUCCGAGCCGACCAACCUCGCAACGACUGUCGCGAAACGAAGUUUCUCAGCGAUGAAGCCGAAGAAACAACCUCGCAAGCAAGAAGAGGAAGGGUCUUCUGGGUCGGAAUUCUCACAUGAGGAAGACGGAAGCGAGUCUGAUAUCGAGAGGCCGAGGGAAAGACCACAGAAGCGCGCCCGCGUUACUGCGUCGGCUUCUAUGAAGACGACGACCAGACCUGUAAACCGUGCGCGUGCCAGAGGAUCAACAGCGAGCGAGAACGGCAGACACACCGGCCAAUUCACCGAGGAGGAGAUAAACAGUUUAAACAACUGGAGAGACAUGUUCUGCGAAGAUCACAACAUUACACAUGAGCAAUUCAACGAUAUGAUGGCCGACACUAUUCAGCGGAAAAAGCGGGACGAGUGGCCAUGGCCGUUCAUCACCAAAAACGAUUUCCUUCAGGAUUAUUAUGACGUUCUUCCGCACCGCAACAGACGGUCCAUGCUGCGAUACCGAGAGCGCAAUUUCCAGAAUGCCGGCGGAUCUAGAAACUGGACGGCCGAGGAUGAUGCGCAACUGAUACGAUUGCACAAGGAGUUAGGGCCAAAAUGGGCGGAGAUUGGACGUCGUAUGACCAGAACAAGUGACGCGGUGAGUCAGAGGUGGCGGCAUAGACUGGCCCUCGGACACGUCGAACAAGGUGAAUGGUCGAAAGAGGAACAAAUCAAGUUCAAAAAGAUCCUCGCAGAUCUCCGCCGGGACUCUGGCACAACCGACGAUCUUGAGGAGUGGCGGAUCCCUUGGAGUAAAGUCAGUGAAAGGAUGGGGACCAGGACGGCUCAACAGUGUUCGAAUCAUUGGCGUGUCUUGCAUGCCAUAAAGAGGCAUGGGAGGUGGGUCAAGGUCGAGGGUCUGGAGAGGACGCCUGGUCAGAGUAGGAUUCUGACACCUUCCAAAAUGGAGAAGCGCCUGAGAGGAGAAAGAGAAAGUUCCCCUACUGGUGGCAAGCGAAAGGUACUUUCGCAAAAGUUUGUGGAAGAUGAAGAUGAAGAUGAGGAGGCGGACGAAGGGCAACCUGGCGGUCCAGAAGAUCAAAGUCAUGUCAGCACGGAUGGCCCACUUUUGUCAUCUGAAAGAGACGUAAAAGAGCUUCCUGAUGGUCAAAAUCCCGACCAGACUCCAGCUCUUGAGGGCGACGAAGCUACUUCCGAAGAGAGUGCAAACGAGCAAGAAGAGCAGUCAGUGGCGUCUGAUCGUGGUGAAGACGAUGAUGGGGGUGAAGAAGAAGAACAAGAAGGAGACGAAGAGCCAGCUCCGGCACCAACCUCGUCUGAAGAAUCUGAGUCCGAAGCAGAAACAGCACCUCCGCCAGAAUCUGCCACAACAACGCGCCGAAACCCACUGAACAAUCAUAAUCCUCUGACGGAGAAAAAGACUCCCGGUAAAACACUCGGGUCGAGUCAGUUGUUCGCCCAGACCCAAGCCAAUACGUCAGCUUUGAGGGAGCCAAGAUUGUCGCAGAGUGAGAGAGCCAGGCGGAGACAACUCGGUGUCUAUGAGGAUGAAGAUCGUCCUUCACCAGAUAUCCCUAUCCAACGUCGCAUUAUGUCGUCGCAGGAUCGGUCUCCACUGCAGGAGAUCAUGGUCAAGGAGAACGGACAGUUGGAUCUUGGCGAUGAUCGCGAUGCCAGCGACAGUGGUAGCAGCGACGAUGAAGCUCUGGAAAGUGACGACGACGAGGGAUCACAGUCUCGCUCCCCACUGCAGGAGAUCAAGGUCAAGGAAAAUGGAGAGUUGGAUCGUUAUGCCAGGGACAGCGGGAGCGACGACGGUGGCGAUGAGUCGGUUGAUGAAGGAGAAGAAGAAAAAGUGUCUGCUCAGGGUGCGGAAGGUGCAAGCUCGGAGAGCAGUGUCGAGAGCGAGACCCAGAGCCAGAGCCAGAGCGAAGGCGAAGCUGAGGUUGAGGUUAAAGGUCAGCAAGAGCAAGCGCAUGACCCCGAUGCCGAUGCCACCAGUAGUGAUGAGGACGCCGAUGACGCCGAUGAGCAAAAAGAAGAUGAUGGUGAGGCAAGCGACGACGACAGCAGCAACAGUGAUGACGCCGACGACGGCGACGAUUCCGAUCACACAUCCGAUGAUGAUGAUGAUGAUGAAAAGGCCAACCUUGGGGCCAAGACCAACGGCAGCGGCAAGGGCAAGGGCAACAAAAAAAGCAACACUCUGAACGACUUCAUGGCGAGCAUUAAUGAAUCUGCACGACGGGCUGGGAGUGGUUGGCUUUCGAGGAUGACGGGGUUGAGCUCCCAGCAGUCGCAAUCAAAAUCUGGGCUUGACGCUUGGUCACAGGAACUUGGGAGGUCGUUGAAAUCGAGUCAAAAUCACUAA